AUGUCACUACUGCUUGUCAAAACUGCAGAAGUCGUAAAGCGCGAUGCAAAAAGAGGGCCACCAAAGAAUACACGUAAUGAAAUCAUCAGUCGCAUUGACAGGGAAUACCCAAAGUCAAAUCCUGAUUAUCCGACCGUUCGAAAUGGCUUCAAACCGGGAUUACCGUUAUUAAAAUCUCCGCAAUGUAGUCAUAUGACUUCUCGAGGAAUAUUAAAUUUUAAUCGUGUAUCUCCAAUGAACUCGAAUUCGAUGCCUUUUGAGCUCAAAGAUAAUAUGAGUUUAACGGGUAUGUAA